UAUGAAUACAUAUUUAUGCUUUUGUUUCAGGCUGAUCAGCUAAUGUUUGCUCUACAUUUUGUACGAGGAAUGCACCCUGAACUUUUUCAAGAGAAUGAAUGGGAGACUUUUACAGGUGUGAUCAUUGGAGAUACCAUAAGAAAAUCAGAUUCACAAAGAAGUGUUCGUGACCAGAUUCCCCGUUGGAUAGAACAGGACCGAGCCUGGGCAGUAGCAUCAUUGAAGAUUUCUCUCCCAGGUCUCUAUCAGACACUUUGCUUUGAAGAUGAAGGUGUGUGGCACACUUUUUCUCAGAGCUCUGUGUGUGAACAAGACUUUCCAUCUACUAUUGGAAAAAGAAUUUCCUUAUUUCAGCAGGUACUUGUGGUCCAGGCCAUCCGACCAGACAGACUACAGAGUGCCAUGGCUCUUUUUGCAUGUAAAAUCCUAGGGAUAAAAGAAUUAUCUCCACCACCUCUGAAUUUGAAACGUCUUUAUAAAGAGACUCUGGAAAUUGAGCCCAUCUUGAUAAUUAUUUCUCCUGGUGCUGAUCCUUCUCAAGAGCUGCAGGAACUUGCCAGUAUUGAAAGAAGUACUGAGUGCUACCAUCAGAUUGCAAUGGGCCAAGGCCAAGCUGACGUGGCUAUUCAGACUUUAAAAAAAUGUGCCCGUAAUGGAGAAUGGCUGUGUUUAAAGAACCUGCAUCUUGUUACAUCUUGGCUUCCUGUGCUGGAAAAGGAACUGAAUACAUUACAGCCUCAACCAAGCUUUCGCCUUUGGCUUACUACUGAAGUUCAUCCAAAAUUUACACCAAUUUUGCUUCAAUCAAGUCUGAAAAUAACUUACGAAGCACCUCCAGGCCUCAAAAAGAAUCUCUUGCGAACCUAUGAAUCUUGGAUGCCAGAGCAAAUUAGUAAAAAGGGAAACUUGUCUCGAGCCCAUUCUCUCUUUUGUUUAGCAUGGUUUCAUGCUGUAUGCCAAGAAAGAAGAAAUUAUAUUCCUCAGGGUUGGACCAAGUUUUAUGAAUUUUCUUUAUCUGAUCUCCGUGCUGGUUUUGACAUUAUUGAUAGACUCUUUGAGGGUUCCAAAGAUUUGCAGUGGGAAUUUGUACAUGGCUUGUUUGAAAAUGCAAUAUAUGGAGGCCGUAUAGAUAAUUACUUUGAUAUGAGGGUUCUUCGGUCCUACUUGGAGCAGCUUUUCAAUUCACAAGUCAUUGGCAGUUUAAAUGCUAGAGGCAAGAAGAUGUCUAGUUUCCCAUAUUCAAUCUCUUUACCAAAUUCCUGCAGCAUUUUGGAUUAUCGUAAUAUUAUUGAAAGCCUUCCAGAACAUGAUAAACCUGACUUUUUUGGCUUGCCUGCUAAUAUUGCUCGUUCAUCACAACGUAUGAUCAGUUCCCAGGUCAUUUCACAGCUUCGGAUCCUGAGCAGGUCAGUAGCUGCUGGCUGCAAAUUUGACAGAGAAAUAUGGUCUACUGAACUUUCUCCUGUUCUCAACCUAUGGAAGAAACUCAAUCAGAAUUCUAACCUAAUUCAUCAGAAGGUGUCUCCUCCUGUGGAGCAACAAGGAACUCCAAUCUUAUCAUUCAUUACUCUGGAACAAUUCAAUGCCAUUCGCCUUGUGCAAAGUGUCCAUCAGUCACUUGCUUCUUUAAGUAAAGUCAUCAGAGGUACAUCAUUGCUGAGUUCUGAAGUACAAAGACUAGCAAGUGCUCUGCUAAAUCAGAAGUGUCCCCUCACAUGGCAGAGCAAGUGGGAAGGUCCUGAAGAUCCUUUACAAUAUCUUAGAAGUCUUGUAGCUCGAGCACUUGCUAUACAGAAUUGGGUAGAAAGAGCAGAGAAACAGCAACUGCUCUCAGACACCCUUGACCUUUCAGAGCUAUUUCAUCCAGACACAUUUCUCAAUGCCUUACGCCAGGAGACUGCAAGAGUAAUGAGCUGUUCAGUAGACAGCCUUAAAUUUACAGCAUCAUGGAAAGGACGAAUACAGGAAGGCAAACUCCAAGUUAAGAUCAGUGGCUUGCAACUGGAAGGCUGCAGUUUUGAUGGAAAUCAACUUUCAGAAAAUCUGCAUGAUUCUCCCAGUGUGUCAUCUGUUCUCCCUUGUUACAUGGCCUGGAUUCCACAGGAUGCAUAUGGUCCGUAUUCUCCAGAGGAAUGUAUAUCUUUACCAGUCUACACUAGCGUGGAGAGAGACCAUGUGGUAACAAAUAUUGAUGUACCUUGUGGAGGAAACCAAGACCAGUGGAUUCAAUGUGGUGCUGCUUUAUUUUUGAAACAUCAGUAA